CAAAAAUUUAUUUAGUCCUCAAAAUAAUGUUUAUGCAUAAAAUAGUCGCAAUCAUAUGACACUAGUAUAUGCAGAAAUACAAUUGUAUAUCAUUUUAAUAAUAAAUAGAGCCAUAUAUACCAAAUGGAAAGACUUUCUUGAUAAGACCUUAUAUAUAUAUACACACACCAAAAUCUCCUCCUUGAUAUUUUUUUAUCAUCGAUCUUGCUUUUUCUUCCACUUGGUUAUAUAAAUCCUAAUCAAACCGGAUCACUAUAUAGCAUGGCGGAGGAAACGUACGACGAAGAGUGUGACUACCUCUUCAAGGCGGUGCUAAUAGGAGACUCUGCCGUCGGAAAAUCAAACCUCUUGUCGAGGUUCACGAGAGAUGAGUUCCGGUUAGAUUCUAAACCGACCAUCGGAGUAGACUUUGCUUACCGGAAUGUUCGCGUGUGUGGUAAGACCAUCAAAGCUCAGAUAUGGGACACCGCUGGCCAAGAAAGAUUUAGAGCAAUAACGAGUUCGUAUUACCGUGGAGCUUUAGGAGCUUUAUUGAUCUACGACAUCACAAGACGACAAACUUUCCAAAACAUACCUAAAUGGUUAUCGGAGCUCAGAGGCUUCUCAAGCCCGGAGACCGUCGUUGUCCUCGUCGGUAACAAAUCCGAUCUCCAGCAGUCUAGAGAAGUGGAAGAAGAAGAGGGGAAGAGUUUAGCUGAACUAGAGGGUCUAUAUUUUCUCGAAACAUCGGCCUUACAGAACCAAAACGUCGAAGAAGCAUUUCUAAGCAUGAUCGAACGGAUACAUGAGGUUUUGAUCCAGAAGAUGGCUUCAGAUCAUAACAAAUCCAACGGUGAAGGUGACGGUGGUAGUAAUGGUACGGUCGUUCCCGCCGGUAGAGAGAUAGUAAAUAUUGACGAAGUUACCGCCACUCGACCGUUGAGUACUUCUUUCUCCAACUGUUGUCUCAAGUAAAUUAAUUAUUAAGUAUGUAUUAAUCUUUUGUCCGGAAGUAUUUAUUUAUUUUUAUGUGUAUAGUUAUUGGAUGUUUGAUGAUGUAAUUCUAUAAUUGUUGAAUACUAGGUGUUUUGCCCGCACUUGCGGGCUUAAUAAUUUUACUAAUAUCUAUAAAU